CUACCUACUCGCCUAGCAAUCUAUCUACACCACCACACCGCCACGCCAUGAUCUCACCAGCCAGCAAGCCAUUCCUAUACCACCAUUAUGUCCCGCUUGAGAUCACUUUGAUAUGGAACUCCUCCCAUGGACCUGCGCGCGUUGAUGUAAGGUUGGUGUCCACUGCGGGGCCGGCUGGGUGAGAGCUCCGAGGUGCGCCGAGCGGCCUGACCUAACGUGUUUAAACAGGGGGUCGCAUUUCCUUCUUCAGUAGCGCUUAUCAAAUUGCCAUCACACGUAACACAGAUUCCUCCAUUGUCCCCCUGCGUUAAUAUCUCGUUAUCUUGUUCUCUCUUGUUUUAUUUCGUGUAUUGUGUAGCUCAUGUAUUGUGUUAGUGUUUUAUGUAUAGGUUUUUCAAGUGUGUGAUUGUUCGGUGAGCGUGGAUUAAGGGAAAAGUGGGUGUGCGUUUACGGCGGUGGGGAUCGUGGUAAGGAUGUCUUCAUGGUGGGUGAUAUGCCGCUGUUAUUCAAUGGAGGGGACAACACCCACGUAACCAAAGUGGCAACUAUCAUUGGUGGAUCACGUGCUAUCAAACUCCUCCCACUGUGAUAGCCACGCCCCCACCUGCCUUCCCUCCCUCUCUCUCCCCUCGCUCUCCCCGCCUUGACAAGACAGCCAAGCCUCCCUCCCUCCCUCUCGCCCUCUCGCCGGCCCAGCCCAGUUCGCGCACUGAUCAUAUGGUUGCCGAUGUUUUUAGACCCUGUAGCCACUCACGUCUUUGUCACAACGCGGAUAACUUGGAUUUCAACACAUAUCAUCCUUUCACACGUGUAUAUAGGCCUUGAGUGUGGGUAUUUUGAUGUAGGAGCGAGAUAGAGAGUGAUAUAUGGUUGCAUGGGGCGCAGAACAGCCAUCGGGAGUGUCAGCGACGAGGCCGAGCGACGUCUGGUAACUGCACAACGCACGGGGGAUGAACCAUAAGGAGCCCUCAGUUGUGUCCCGUAGUGAUCCGUGUGAGGUGGUGCGCGUCGUGUCCAUAGACCAACCCUUUUUGGACUCUUCCGUAAAGUGUUCCCCGGAAAUCGGCCAAGAUUCGGGUCAAAAACAGAGAACCCGUCCCGGUGUAUCACAUGGAACAGCCGGAGAUCGACGAGGACGGACGGAUGUCUGGCGCCGAAGACCGCGUAUCAGACAUGGAACAAGAGGACAGCCUGGGCCUCAUGGGCGGACGAGACAGUCCCUUGAAGCCAGACGGAGGAGGAGGAGGGGGAGGGGGAGGAGGAGGAGGCAUGGAGGGAGAAGACAUCCUGGCCAAACUCCGUCAACAGGUGUCCGCCGCGUCAAUCUUCAGCCAGGCCGCACGGGAGGGCUUGGGUUCGAGCCCCCCGCCCGGCUCACCCAACCAUAACAAUAAUAACAACAAUAACAAUGGACAUAACCUCUACGACCGCCUUCACUCCCUUCUGCAGGCCAAGAUGAAGAGGGAGGAGGAGGGCGUGGAGGGCGAGGAGGACUCGCGCGACCUGGUGCUGCGGGCCGAGGCGCUGCACCGCCAACGGGAGUCGCUCUUGUCGUCGCCUCAGGCGCUGAUGAACGCCAUGCGGGGCGGCGCGCCGCCCUCGCUGGUGCCGCCCGCCGCCCACCCCCACCUGCCCUUCAUCCCCAGCACGGUGGGGCUGCCGCCCACCUCGCAGAUGCCGCCCACGCCGGGCUCGGCGGGCUCCCGCGACUCCUCGGGCAACGGCGCCCGCACGCCCUCACACACGCCCGAGCCCCACCAGAGUCAGCAGUCCUGGAGCUUCGAGGAGCAGUUCAAACAGGUACGGGAACCCGCGAAGCACUCGUCCUUUGAAGAAGACAAACGCAAGCUUUACGAACUCAGCGACGAACCGAAGAGGAAAGAGUUUCUGGAUGAACUCUUCUCGUUCAUGCAGAAGCGAGGCACGCCAAUCAACCGCCUCCCCAUCAUGGCCAAGCAGGUGCUGGACCUGUACGAGCUCUACAACCUGGUGGUGGCGCGCGGCGGACUCGUGGACGUGAUCAACAAGAAGCUGUGGCAGGAGAUUAUCAAGGGCCUCAAGCUGCCCUCCUCCAUCACCUCCGCGGCCUUCACGCUCAGGACACAGUACAUGAAAUACCUCUACCCCCUCGAGUGUGAGAAGAUGAAGCUGUCCAACCCGACGGAGCUACAGAGUGCCAUUGACGGGAAUCGAAGAGAGGGUCGCCGCUCCUCCUACGGGAACUACGGCGAUCACUGCCAGCCGCCCAUGCUGCCCCUCCAGAACCUGCAGUCCCUUCAGAACCUACAGAACCUCCAGAGCCCCCUCAGCCUGGUGCCCCGGCCGCAGCUCAACGGGAACGGCACCGCCCACCCGCUCACCCCGCAAGACUACCUACUGGGCCGCGGUGGGUCGCCCCCGGGGUCGCAGGAGGCGCUGCUGGAGGCGACGCGCCUCACCAUGUGGAAGCUCUACAACCAGGGGCUCGGCGGCGUCGGCGGCGGCUUCCCGCACGAGGACGAGGCCGCCAAGCUGCCACCGCCGCCGCCACAUCACCCGCUGGCCGGCGGCGGCAUGCCCUUCCCGCCGCAGAAGGAGGCGCUCAACCUCGAGGUCAAGGAUGAGCCUUUCUACUUGCAGCGGCCGGGGCGGCUCAAGGACUCCAUCGAUCACCGCAACGACCUCCGGAAUGACCUGCGCAAUGACCUCCGCAACGACUUCAGGAACGACAUGCGUAACGACAUGCGCAGCCGCCUGGAGGACAGCGCGAUACCCCCCGCGGCCAAGCGACAGGCCCAGCAGGAGGACGCCCACGACCCCCGCCUCCCCCCGCCCACCACGCCCGGCUCGGGGUCGUCCCAGCCCGGCGCCAACAUCAAGAUCACGUCGCGGGGCGACGGCAGGAGUCAGGACCAGAGUUUAGUAGUCAGUAUGGAGAUUAACGGAACGCUCUACCAAGGGGUGCUCUUCGCCCAGGCUCCGCGGGCCCGCUUCAGCUAAGGUAAUGAGUGAAGUGCGUGCGUGGUGUCCCUUCCUCCAAGCCUGUCUGUCUCGCGGCGCUCUCGUCCGAAGCGUCGCGCAGAACUUAACUAUGAUACAACGACGUUCCAGUGUAAUGACCUUCGUGUGCGAAGCGAAGGAAGGAACAAAUACCGUGGAGACAAGACGUGAUGCAAAGAUAUUCUAGUUCGUCUUUAGUGUCGAUGAAGGGAAGAACAACAGCGAGGGAGGAGUGAAGGCUGUCUACCUACUCUUGGGGUCCGCUGUGCCCUCCGCCUCCUGUCCGACACUCGUGCUGGCCGACCAAUGGGACAACCCGCCCUCAAUGUUACCUUGUUGAGUCAUUGUAGCGCUUUAUGGAUACGCCGAGCCUGAAUCAGGUUUCUGUAUUUAUUUAUGUAAUUAUAUGGUGUGACUGAUAGUUGUACAGCAUUGUUCUUGUGAGAGUAAGUGACACUCUUUUGGUUCUUUCUUAUUCUGUCAGUUUUAAGGUAUACCUAGCCAAGUGGUGAUCUCAUGCAUGGAGUCCUGGAGCCGCGUGGGUGACGCAGACGUGACGCAGCUCAUCCGUCGGUGUGUGAGAGUAUUGUUUCACCAAAGACGCGGCUAAGAACAGACCUACAUAUUGUUCCUGUGUCCCGCUACCUAGGAAUGGGGGUGAAUAUACAAACAUGCACAUCUUUAGUCAAAAUUUCGAUAGGCUUUUUUUUUCUGAACAAGCCCAGCCGCUCACGAUGCAGCAGCGGCCUUCCUCUGCCUCGGCCGUGCUCGCCGGGCGUCUGCGAGUCAGCCGCCACCGAUCGCCGCGGCUGUCUCCCGUCCCUGCCUUGCUCACUCACCUUCCCUCCCAGGACGUCCACCCACUGCCAUACAUGGAUGAUCUGUCGCCACUACAACGAUGACCAUCCAUGGUAAGGCCCAACCUGCUGCCGUGACCGUCGCACCCACCGCCACCACUCCGUCGACGCCGCCGACCCUCGCCCUCCCGCCGCAGACCCUCGCCGCCGCGGCCACCUGUUCUUUCCCUCAAGGUCGCCUGUUUGUCCUCAUGCAGAGUGGAUUUUGUGAUGCCUUUCACGCAUUCACUGACCAUAAAAUGAGUUCUGACACUUACUGUGGCUAAAUCUAACUUGCGAGGUUAGAGUUAAAAGAGCCACAUGUUCUGCCAUGUAAAUUGUGACUAAACUCUCCCUCUCCACGAGUGUUGAAAUCAAAAUAGCGGUACUGGAAUCCCUUGCGCGUUAUGUGUCGUGAAGAUCGCAAGAAUACCUUUCUCCUUUAAGAACUUAUAAACUCUUGUGGUUGAACCUCAUUGAGGAAACAGAAAACACAAUAAUUCAUUCCUAUUGUUGACAGCUGUUGAAAAAAACUGUGCAAUAAGCUCUUGUUUUAUACUGACUGGGUUAAGAGACAGUCAUAUAAAUCGAAUCUGCACUUUUGGCGAAUGUUUCUAAGUACCUGAGCUGUAUAACAUGAUAAGAAAAAAUAAUGAUUCCAGGCCCAGAUGCUGCUGAUAGUAACGGUGAUGAUACAUGACCUUUGGCUUAGAGAUGUUAACUGUAAAAUUGUGUGUGUCCGCCACGAACGUAACGGAGGAUUUUUGUUCCUUCUCUUUAUUUAUAGUUAGGUUUUUGUACUAGAAUGAACCGUGUAAGUCUGGUAGGUAGUGGAUUAGGUUAGGAGCAAACAGUGUGUGUGUGUGUGUGUGUGUGUGUGUGUGUGGAGGGCUUGCGGGUGGGCGGGCGGGCGGGCGGUGACCUAUUGAGGGAGCGAGGGACCAGUCGGCGGUGAGUGGGCGACCCGCAUAAGGCUACCGAUCAUGACUGGGGAUGCGCGCAGCAGUUUGUUUACUCAGGGAUCUUCCUCCGUGCUCACGCCCCGCGGCUCCCCACCACCGAGGGCCGACACGCAGUCCUCCCUGUUUGUCGUGUCCCUCCCCGUAGUAAGGAAAGAUUACGGUUAGGGCGAGUCAGGUGAGCCAUUGACUGUAACUCUCCCGAAACGACGGAAAGUACUGUGUCUCGAGUUACGGCAAACAGAAGGGACUGUGAACGCGGCUCUGCCCCGGCCGUGCCCGAGGCGUCACGUGGUGUCCUCGCCAUUGCCAUUCUCUAGAUGCUAAGAAACACGAGCCAAGUAACGCUGGACGCUGGGCUGACGAGCUGAAGCGAGGUACUGACGCUACGCUAUUCCCAAGGGUGUGAGUGACAUGACCUGACACCUUAACUAAAACACAACAGAAAAAAGCGUUCAGACAAGUGUGGCGACGACCUGACACCUUAACUAAAACACAACAGAAAAAAGCGUUCAGACAAGUGUGGCAACGACCUGAGGAACUUAAAUAGGUGUUCAGUACCCAACUCGGCCAGGUGUCACUCCCCUGCCAGCCACAGCCAGCCAUCAGCCACCAGCCCAGCCAGCCACCAGCCCGUCUCCCCUACACCCCCUAGCGGAGUCUCAUUGUCCUCAGCCGUCAGCGCGCGUUGCUACUGUAUUAUUAUCUUAUCAAUAGUCUUAAGGUUUUAGGUAUUUUUAAGGUUGUUGUAAAUGAGUUGUCGUCCUGUACAGCGCGUUGAACAUGUUGCGAGGCUGUUUAGCGCUCCUCCUCUUCCUCUUCCUCCUCCUCCUCCUCCUCCUCCUCCUACUUACCCGAGGCCACUUUCCACUUCGUCCUCACUUUAGGCAGCGGCAGUUACUUAAAAGUGAAAAAAUGUAAUAAAAUGUUAGUAGUAAA